AGUUGAGUGAAGUAUAUAGCUACAUAGGGGCCUUCGACAAGAUAUUAUAUUUGCGUUCUUGCAUAAUCCUGUGAACUUUACUUAUCUGUUGGCUCUUAACUGACACACAGGAGCUAAAUGUACUUGGUUUUGUUGACAUCCUGGUUAUUUUACAUUCUCUGGUUGUGUGGAAAGAUGAUCUUGGAAGUUGGGACCAGUUGGAAUCAACCAUUGUGAAGAAUAGUCAGGUAUCAGGUGUUUGCAAACAAGCUCAUGUGCGGUGUUCUGCUUUAAAACAGUGUUAAACUUUUCCUUGAAGUUUUGAUGAACUUUUUGAAGUAUUUGCCGAUUCUUGAAGUUGGAGUGGAUAUUUCAAAGAAAAUUGAUGGGCAAUAAUGUGAUUUAUUUUUGAUCAAGGAUUUCCCCAAAGUUUCUUAAAUAUUGUAGGUCAACAUCGCAGAGCAAAGAGUGCUGCGUUCCACCAGGAACGAAGUGCACUAUUUAGCUCGGAGUUGUGUCUGAUGCUUGCUUGAAAGUGUUCUGCGCACAUCUAGUUCUCUGUCGGAAAAUCAGUUCCUCACUCUUCUAUAUAUUAAAUGUUCCUUGAAGCAACAGGGUUGGAGGAUAAAAAUGACAGAAAUAUCGACCAUAUUUGAUCUUCAGACAGAAUUUUAGUAAUCUAUGACAUUAACGUAUAAUAAGAACUUGAUUUAGGUUUUUGUUGAUAAUUGAGGAAUCCUCUGGAAUCGUCAUCAUGCGUGAAACAAGAAAGAAAGCAUCUGAAGAACAAGGAAAGAGAGGAGUUCUCAAGCGGCAGCAGGCCCAGUCAGAACCUAUCUAUGAGGCUGCUACUCUUCAAGGCAUCUCUGGAUCCGGGGCUGGAUGCUUGGACCAUCUACCCCGCACCCAGAGGCUCAGGGUCUGCAAGAAGCUUCGACAGGAACAACUCAAGAGGUACUAUGAGCAGGAGAGGGCCGAUCAUGAAAAAGGCCGCAGACUCUCGGGGAGAAGACCGCAGACACCAAACAGCAAGGGUGUCAUGGUGAAUUUUGAUAUCGCCAACAAACUAAGGGAUGCGGUCGCUAGGUUUGAUGACAAGGAAGGUUAGUGGUGUUUAAUCAAAGAUGCACUCCAAUGAUUUCUGUAAUGAGGUUGAUUUUGCCGAGAUUUUUUUUUUUUACAUAAAUUCUUUUGUCAGUGAAUUGCAACAACAAAUUUGCCCUAGGUCAAGCAGAUUUAAGGAUUUCUGUAAUGAGGUUGAUUUUGCCGAGAUUUUUUUUUUUACAUAAAUGCUUUUGUCAGUGACUGAAUUGCACCAACAAAUUUGCGCUCAGUCAAGCACAUUCAAGGAUUUCAGUAGAAUAGUUGUUAAACGAGAAUGAAACAUUUUCAGAAAUUGAGCAUUUGUGAAAAUGGAAAAUAAUGAGAUCAAUGAAAGUUUAGAAAUAAUUGGACACAAUAACAAAGUUCAGAGCAUAUGAAUGUCUUGAAUGCUUUUGCUAUUUAUUAGAUAUUUUUGAGUAACAAUUGGUUGAUUUUCAUCAUGUCCAUAGCAUUAGUUAUCUCAAAAUUGAAAUGCUAAUAAGAACUUAUUAUUUAUUCAUAUUUUCUCAAAUUUUCAUUGAUCUGUUUCUUUGAUUUCUGUUUAUUCCGACUGGUUUAAAGAGUUUCAUUCUCCUUAAUGAUGGUCACUGAGCAGAUUGUAUGGAUUUGUUUUGUAUGGGUUGAAGUGGUGAUAAUGUUGAUGGUAUCAUUUGGUGCUUGGGAGUUGACGCUGAGAGUGAAUCUUUCUGAAAGUCACACUCCUAUUUAAGGUUCCUCUGUUCUGGUAGUAGUGGUGUUAUUAGUAGAAGCGGCGAUGUGGAUCUGGAGUGGUAGUGGUAGUGCUUGUGUAGUCUGCUGUGCAAACCCUUCACUCGAGUUAAAGGUCUAAAAGUGCAGCCUACUCAUGCCUUGUGUACUGAAAGCCCUCUCAACAGCAAGUUUUGUAUGGGCUAGUCUUUGUCUGGAGACACACUUGUUUCAAUUAGGGUCUGUGCCUGCAGACUAGUCCUGGUGUUUGUGGUAGAAGCUUUGAUGUGUAUCCUUAGUGGUAGUAGUUGUGGUGAAUUGGUGGGUGUUGCUGUGAUAGUGUCAGUGAUCAUAUAGUUGAUGGUUUCCAUAGUGAUGGUAAAGAAUCAUGGUGCUGGUGGUUGUUGGAAUGAUAAUACUUUUUGUCAUAUUUGGUGAUUGUGAUGCUUAUUAUUGAGUGCUACAUUGCUGCUUAUUUGUUUGCAAAAGAUGUGAUGGUCAUGAUAUAGAAGUGGUUGUUGUAGUUGUGUAGUUGUGUUAACUGUGUGUUAAGUUAAUACCUGAUAGAAUCGAAGAGGGGGAGAGAUCACUGCCCCUUUCUAGUACCAGAUAGAAAUAAAGCCCUAUGUUUUUUCCUCUCUAUUAUUUUUGUUUUAAAGAUAAAAUGUAGCUGUGCAUGUCUGUAAUCACAUCUAGACAAUGAGAAAAUUAGACUACAUGUAAGCUAUAAGCUUGAUUGAAAAAUUCCAAUAUUGAAUAAUGAAUGUAUCUAACAUUUUUAUCUUGUGCAUGGAUAUUAUGUCACAUACAUGUAAGAUGUUAAGUUGAAAAAGGCUGGGGAGAUUCAAGACAACCACUGGACAUAAAUAGAAGCAAAUGUUGCAUCAAAACCUUUUCCUCUCAUCUUCAGCACAAGUAUCCUUGUCCAUUUCUCUAUUGUCUAAUGUUUCGAUAGCAACUGUAAUUGCAUAAAAGAAGUCUCUCUAUCUUGACCAUGAUGGCCCAAACCAAUCUCAAUUAUCAAUGAUCUAUUUUUUUUUUCUCAAUGAACCACAUUUUGCUUCUUCUAUCCCCCUCUCCCACUGCCGCCCCCUCCUCUUUCUCUUCUCUCGAUCUCCCUCCAUCUCUAUCUCUCCUCCCUCUCCCUUUCUGUGCCCCCUUCUUUUUUUUUCUCUGCCCCCUCUUUGUUCUCUCCCCCUCUCUCUUCUUCCCUUCUCUUCUCUCUCAAUGCCCCUUCUCUGACUUUUCUUUCCCCUCUCUGUACUCCCCCUCUCCUUUACUUCCCUUCUCUUUUCUCUCCAUGCCCCCUUAUGUAUCUUUCUCACUCCCUGUCUUUCUCCUUUCCCCUCCCUGUUUAAAUCCUUAUUCCAACAACUGAAAGUUAGUCUAUUCUGUCAUCUUGUCAAUGUUUUAAUCAUAUAAUCAUCCAACUUGCCCCCCCCCACCAGGCGGGCGGAAUCCCACAACCCAAUACCUCACAUCAUACUUUCACUUCAAUUCUAGCAGGAGAAAAAUGAAUCUGCUGUUAAAGAAGAAAAAGUGAUUACUUUGUGCCAUGUUUGAGUGAAUCACUCGUAGGAUUUUGCUAAGAAGCUAUUAACAAGAGGAAAUUAGCUAUCUAUUAAAGGAAAAACCCACUGUCAGUGGCUUGCCAUAAUUGAUCUGUCUAGGGCAAUCUCUAAACACUCAAUUUGUAGACUGUUUCCCAAGUAUUGUAUAAGAGCUAGACAUGAAAGUUUAUUUCUCUUUCAUUUUUCUUCAAUUACAUGUAUAUCAGUCUUUUGAAUAAAAUAAAGGGAAAAGUCUAACCGUUCAAUAAAUAUUUAAUUGUUAUAUAAAUAUAAUUUUUGUAUUAUUUUUUUCUGACUUGAGUAUUGGGACAAGUGUGCCCUAGCUUCAAGAUGCUCGACAGAGCAUACUUAUACUGAUACUUUCUAACAUUUCCUGCUGAUUUUAAUAGGGAAUAUAUAAAUUUCCACAAUAUACAUGAAUUUCAACUUUUGAUUUGGACGUGAACCCCCCCCAAAAUUGACAAUUAAAAAAAAUCCAAAAAUUGUAUUUAACUUGUUUGGUUAAUCUUAUAUGGCCUCCCUGUUUUGAAUGUGAAUAUUUACAUAAUUUGUCGGUUUUCAGAUUUAAAUAUUACAUAAUUGUCAACAAUUUACUCUAUUGUCAUUUUGUGCCUUACAUAGAAAUGCAGUAUAAGGUCCAUUGUAUAAGUAUUAAUACUGAUAAUUAGUAUUGCAAAAAUAUAAAUAUGUUAAAUCAACAAAGGAUGAAUUCAACCAUGUUAGAAGUUGUUAUGAAUUAUGCAUGUAUGAUAUUAGUGUAGCGAACCUUAAAAAAAAACAAUUGAAAAUGAUGAAAUAAGACCUUAUUAGGAAAAGGGCUGGAGUAUUUUAAAAGUUGAACUAUAACUAAAGAUUACUAAGGGAGGAAAAAUGUAUUGCUGAUUAAUUUUUUGUGAACAUAAAUGAAGCAUUCAAAUUUCUGUUAAUUGAAUCUCAUCUUUUAGUCCAAGAUACAUUAUAUUCGUCAGAGAAAAUACAUAAUGUAUUUUGAUUUUAUAAAUUAACCGCAUUGUGAUCAAACCAUUAAUAAGAUCAAACAGAAUGGAAGAAAUAUUUAUUUGCUGUAAUUGCAUCUGUUUAUGCUCAUUUUGGAUUGGUUUGCUAACG